AGACGGAAAGGAGACGAAGUAAGCAAGCAGGUGAGCUGAGGCUCGAGGCACCUAAAACCUCGCCUUUUUUUCAUUUCAUACCCGCCUUUUUCGGUUUAUCUCUUCUCUAAUCAGCACUUACCCCACCUCCCCAUGUGACGUUGGUUCUUAUAAAUCUCCCUCACCGCCAAGAAAUGUAAUCAGAUUACAACACUAACGCAACAAACGAGAGUGUCAGACGGCUCUGCAAAUGGAGCGCUUGCCGGUUUCCUCCACCGCCGCUCUCUGCUGCUGCUGCUUCUUCUUCUUUAUGGGCUCUGCGAGCUGCGUGUCUGGUCUGGCUCGGAAUGGACUCGGACCCACCAGAGAUCUUCUGAAAUUUAGUCUAGUGGAUGAGAAUCUGGGGUCGUGGACAAAUGGAAUCGAGGAGACUGCUCAAUCUCCGGAGCCAAGCGAUGCACCGCAAGGGACGCUUGUUUUGGCGGCGAAAAGGACCAACAGGCCGGAUGUUCUCAGUCGGUUUAAGCGUUAUCGGGGAGGUUGGGACAUUGUGAAUCGGCAUUACUGGGCAUCCGUUGGAUUUACGGGUGCUGCUGGUUUCAUUAUUGCCGUCUUGUGGUUUGUUGCUUUUGGCAUGGUACUUGUGGUUCAUCAUUGCUGUGGAUGGAAGAUAAACAUUAAAGGUGAAGGAUCACACCGCUCGCAGAGAAUUUGCUUGAUUAUGCUACUGGUCUUCACAUGUGCUUCUGCGACUGGAUGUAUUCUUCUUUCUGUUGGGCAAGAUGAAUUUCAUGACGAAGUGAUGCACACACUAAAUUAUGUUGUUAACCAGUCGGACUACACUGUGCAGACCCUGAGAAAUGUCACGGAGUAUCUGACCCUUGCAAAGGCUAUUAGCGUGGCCCAGGUUUUCUUACCUUCUGAUGUCAUGGAUGGUAUUGACAAGCUGAAUGUGGAUCUUAACACUGCAGCGGACACACUAACGGAGAAGACAAAUGAAAAUUCCAUUAAAGUAAAAAGAGUCUUCAAUAUUGUGCGUUCAUCUUUAAUCACCGUGGCAGCAGUGAUGCUUCUCUUAGCUGUGAUUGGUCUUUUUCUGUCCCUCCUUAGGCACCAACAUGCGAUCCACAUAUUUAUUGUUAGUGGAUGGCUACUUGUGGCAGUUACAUUCAUUCUUUCCGGAGUUUUUGUGAUCCUCAACAAUGCUGUUUCCGACACCUGUGUAGCCAUGGAAGAAUGGGUAGAACAUCCUCACGCCGAAACAGCACUUAGCAAUGUCCUUCCAUGUGUUGACCAGAGAACCACAAACAAGACUCUUAGCCAGAGUAAACAAAUUGUAAAUGACAUUGUCAAUGUUGUCAACCAGUUCAUCUACACCUAUGCCAAUACGUAUCCUUCCCCUGCCAGUCCAUACCCUUACUAUUACAAUCAGUCGGGGCCUCUGAUGCCACCUCUCUGUUACCCGUACGAUUCUCAACUGAGAGACAGCCAAUGUGGGGAUCAAGAUGUGUCUAUUUCAAAUGCUUCUUUGGUUUGGAAGAACUAUAUAUGUGAAGUCUCAGCAUCCGGGAUAUGCACAACUGUUGGAAGGGUAAGCCCGGACAUCUACAAUCAACUUGUUGCAGCUGUUAACGAGAGCUAUGCCCUUCAGCACUACACCCCGCCUUUACUGAGCCUUCAGGAUUGUAAUUUUGUUCGAGACACAUUUCGAACAAUCACGUCAAGUUACUGUCCUCCGCUGGACCAUUACCUGAAAAUUGUGAAUGCAGGAUUGGCCCUGAUAUCAGUUGGAGUCUUGCUGUGCCUUGUUCUCUGGAUACUCUACGCAAACCGCCCCAGAACGGAGGAAGAGUUUGCAAAACCAUCCUUGCCAAUAAAAGGCAGGAGCGAAAGGAGGAGUUCCAGCACAUCAAAUGAAGUCUAGUAGUAGAAGUAGUAGGUCUCAGAGUAGAAAUCGGUUAUACAAUUAGGGUUUGUUAUCGUCAUUAUUUUUCGGAUUGAAAUAUCAAAAAGAAAAAACCGAGUGGAGCGAAGUUCCAUUACGAGUUGUGGGGGCCUGGGAGCUAAUAGCAGUUCCGGUCCUGUAUCUGGUUUCUUGUGUAUAGUAAAAGCAAUUUAGAUAUUGUUGAUCA